CAAAAAGUGCAGUUGCAGUUGCAUUCCCGCAAAGACAUCACUAUGAAGGUUCUCAUUCUCCUCCUGAGUCUGGCUCUUGUUUUGGCCUCCGCCGACCACCACGAGCACCAUCACCACGCCGAUGGCGCCUCCUCCUAUGUGGUGAAGAGCCAUGACGAUCUGGUAUCCUAUCGCAAUGCCUGCGCGGAGAAGGUACAUGCUCCAGCCGAGCUCGUGGCCAAAUACAAGAAGUGGGAGUACCCCGAUGAUGCGGUUACGCACUGCUAUCUGGCCUGCGUCUUUGAGAAGUUCGGAUUCUACGAUGAAGAGCAUGGUUUCGAUGUGCACAAAGUGCAUGUUCAGCUCUCUGGUCCCGGUUCUUCCGUUGAUCAUUCUGACGAGACUCACCAGAAGAUUGCCCAGUGCGCCGAGACCCAUUCGAAGGAACACAACUCCUGCGCCAAGGCCUACCACUCUGGCAUGUGCUUCAUGAACGCCAAUCUGAAUUUGGUCCAGCACAGCGUCCAAGCCUAGGGUUCACGUUCGGAACAUCCUCUGGACCAGAACAUUCCUGAUCAUUUGUCAAAAGUUCAAUAAAAAUAUAGGUUUUUGAAU